AUGAAACCCCCCAAGAAGUUCACUCCACCAAAAUUCAUGUCAUAUGAUGGGAAGUUAGACCCAUUAACACACAUCAGCCACUAUCGACAGAUGAUGUCUCUGUGGAGCCGAGAUGAGGCACUAAUGUGCAAAGUCUUUCCAUCAAACCUAGGAGAAUCCAGACUCCGAUGGUUCGAUCGUCUUCCUACUGGAUCAAUUUACGAUUGGAAGCAACUCUCUGAUGAGUUCUUGGCCAGAUUUGUCUCCAAUACCAAAUCCCGAAAGAGCCGGACACCUUGUUUGGUCUCCGAAAGGAACAGGAGAAAACACUACGUCAUUAUGCAAGAAGGCGUAACUAGUCAUGAGCGAGAGCAGGUACUUCAAGAGGAAAUCACAAAGGCUGUACAGAUUCAGCAAGUCAUGUCAGUGGGUCUAGUACCGAAAAAGGAUUUAGAGGAAAUUCAGCACCCACAUAUUGAUGCAUUAAUUAUAACUGUGAGAAUUGGAAAACGAUUUGAUGUGAGACGAGUCUUGGUAGACCAGGGUAGCGCAACAGAUAUAUUGUAUUAUGACUUGUUCAGGAAGCUCAGUCUCUCUGAGCAGCACCUCACUCCAGCAGCAGCAUCGUUGGUUGGCUUUAAUUCGCAGCCUGAGUGGCCACUUGGUAGGAUAGUGUUGCCUAUAGUAGCUGGGACAAAGACCCUACAGCUAGAAUUCCUGGUUAUUAACACACCGUCUCCUUAUAACGCCAUACUUGGUCGGCCUUGGAUUCAUCAAAUAGAAGCAGUCCCCUCAACUUACAACCAUCUUAUUCGCUUCCCAACAGAACAUGGAGUAGAGCAGAUUUCAAGAGACCAAGUUACAUCGAAACAUUGUUUCAUAGCAGCUAUGAAGGAUAAACAGCUCUGUAAUCGGGUUCCGAUAAUUGAAGUAGCAGAAUAA